AUGCACAAGCUGAACGUGGCAGUCAAGGCAAAAAGGGCCGCAGGGGAGCCCGUGAAGGUCAUGUGCGACGCCAAGGCCAACGAAGCUGUGGAGGUGGACGCGGCGAAGUUUGCCAUACUUUUUGGCAUCAGGCCCCAAUCAAUACUGAAGAAGUUUGGCAUGCCUGAAACGGCCUCGUUUGGUGUGGAAAUCAACGGCGUGGGCGGGCCGAACACUGCCUCGGUCUUUGCCAAGUGGACGCCUGCCUACCUCUUCGCUCGUGACGAUGUCAGCAUCACCUACAAGACCUUGAACAUUGUCCCAGCUCUAGCUGCUUUCUCCCAAGGCGCCGACUAUCUCGUGAUGGACCGCGGUCUGACGCCCGAGCUGUCGGCACGGUACGGAGGUCUGGCGCAGCUGCCACUGGCCGGCCAGGCCCAAGUCAUGGUCUACAACAUCAGCGCACUCAACUCCACCGACCCCAACAUCGUGAUCGGACGAGAGGAGCUGGGUCUCAUCUGGGCCGGCAACAUCACCAUGUGGAACGACCAGCGCAUCAAGGAUCUGAACCCGGCCAUCGCCAACAAACUGCCCGCGGCAUCUAUCUUCAUAGGCUACAACGAGAACACGGGCGCCAGCGUGGUGUCGCUUGUGGAGGUACUGAAGGUCGCCAUGGAAGGGUUCAGCCCCGACUUCAAGGCGGCCUUGGCUGCGGCCAACCGGACUUGGGCCCUGAUGCCGCCAGCUCAGGAAGGCAGAGCGCAAGCCGCCGGUGGGUCAACUGCCCUGCGAUUGGCCUGGCUCAAGGCGCACGACAACAGUCUCACGUUCGUCAACUACGUCGACACGGUGGGGUCUGGCUUCAAGUGGAUGAACAUGAUCAACAAGGCCGGCAAGAUGGUCCAGCCCUCGGUGGCGUCUGUGCAGUCGGCCAUGAACGAUUUCAGCGCGGCGUUCAACGUGAGCAACUUCACCGUCGACAUCGUGGACGGGCCAGGCAACGGAUCCUGGCCUCUUUCAUUCCUGAGCUACCUGUCGAUGAAGCAGAAUAUCACAGCAUUCGAUUGCACCAAAACGCAGGAGCUGCUGGCGUUUGUAGCAUGGACCCACACGAAUGACGCGGCAAUCCAAGCGGCAGCGAACCUCAACGUGGCGCCGAUAGCGCAAGUAUUGCGCAAGAGAAUCCUCAACAUGCUGCGCAAGGUGUCGUGUAACGGCGAGCAGGCCUACACGACGUCCUUCCUCACCUCCGUCGGACCCGCUCUUCCUGUGCUCACGUCGUGGGCCGCCUGGUCCACGCAGGUGCUCAAGCUCAAGUACUGGGCCUCUAAUGCUAAAGUGCAGCAGAAAGAAGUGGCCACCGACGAGGUCGCCUUCGGCGUAGUGCAGGACGGGUCGACCGGCAGCUUCGCCAACAUCGUCGCUCUGCCUGUCUUCGCCUCCGCCGCCGUACCUGCGUACAACGUGCCCGAGCUGAGCGAGUUGGAGCUGGUUCUGGACUUUGACGUCAUCGCCGGCAUCUAUCUGAACGACAUCACCAUGUGGAACGAUCAGCGCAUCUUGGACCUCAAUUCUGCGGAAGUGGCCGCGGCCCUGCCUGCGCAGGCGAUCUUGGUCAUCAGCCAGUCUGUUGAGUCCAUCACGACGACCCUCUUCACCACCGUACUCAGUUCCAAAGUGCCCCAAUUCGCAGCUGCGGCCACCCCUUAUUCGUUCGCGUGGUGGAUGAGCUACGAAGUGCUCCAGGGAGUGGCUGCUGCGGCACUCAACAUGUCCUCGAACUCAGUGGUGAGCGCCAACACCGAUUCUGUCCGCAGCGCUCUCCUGGACUAUGCCGCCAGCGGCUCCACCUCCAUCACCGUCACCGAUCUCUUGCUGCAACCGAGCGCGGGCAGCUGGCCUGUGGCAACGUUCGGUUCUAUAAUCUACCUGCACACGACCAUGCAGCUCUGCGAUGAAGCCAGCGCCCUGGCCGAAUUCAUCUACUGGACCCAGUCGCACCCCGACGCCAAGCGGAUCGCUGAAAGACAUGGUUUUGCCCUCGCAACGGAGGCAGGCACACUCUACAGACGCAUGCUCAACCAGUUGGUGAGCCUAGUGGCGAACUGCGUGAUCGAUGGCACCCUAUGCUCCAAUGCCGGCACCUGCGAUAACAACACGUGCUCAUGCGAUAGGGGAAGGGAGGGCGACUACUGCGAGAGUUUCGCAUCUUCGUCGACGGACCCGCUCACCAUCGCCCUCGGUGUGGCGAUACCGUUGGCUGUGGUGCUGCUGCUGGUGCUGGUGGGGUUCAUACUGGCUCUGCUGGCCAUCAUCAAGUGGCAGCGUAACGGAACCGACGACUGGGAGAUCGAGUUCAGCGAACUGGAGAUGGGCGAACAGCUGGGAGCCGGCGGAUACGGCGAGGUGUACAAGGCCGUGUGGAAGGGCACUGAGGUGGCCGUCAAGGUGAUGACCUCUGAGCGGUUGGGCAAGGACGUGGAGAAGAGCUUCAAGGACGAGGUGCGCGUGAUGACGGCGUUGCGGCAUCCGAACGUGGUCCUGUUCAUGGCCGCCUCCACCAAACCACCCAAGAUGUGUAUCAUCAUGGAGUACAUGGCUCUCGGCUCCCUCUAUGACUUGCUGCACAACGAGCUCGUACCUGAGGUGCCUUUCGUGCUCAAGGCCAAGAUGAGCUACCAAGCCGCAAAGGGCAUGCACUUUCUCCACUCCUCCGGAAUCGUGCAUAGAGACUUGAAGUCGCUCAACCUGCUGCUGGACGGCAAGUGGAACGUGAAAGUGAGCGACUUUGGGCUCACCAAGUUCAAGGAGGACAUGUCCAAGGGCGCCGCCAAGGAGGUGGCCGGCAGCGUGCACUGGACCGCGCCCGAGAUCCUGAACGAGUGCGCGGACGUCGACUUCAUCUUAGCUGACGUCUACUCGUUUGGCAUCAUCCUGUGGGAGCUCCUCACGCGCGAGCAGCCCUACUUGGGGCUCAGCCCCGCCGCCGUGGCCGUGGCCGUGAUCAGGGACCACAUCCGGCCCGCCGUGCCCGAUGCCAUGACCAUGACGACGUCGUGCCCGCACGAAUUCGGCGAACUCAUCACAUGCUGCUGGCAUUCGGACCCGACCAUCCGCCCCACAUUCCUCGAAAUCAUGACCCGCCUGUCGGCCAUGCUGGGCGAAUCCAGAAGCGUGUCGGGAAUGACGUCGACAUCCUCCAGUUCGUCCGGAGGCGUCACCGCCGCCCAUGGCCACGUCCGCGACGCGUCGUGGACCCUGCCGUCGACGAACAACUCGUCGGCUGGGUCGUCAUCUUCGGGAGGAUCGUCGUCGUCGACGGACAAGGGUACGGCACACACGGGCGGACAUGCUGCACCGGAGGGCGAGGUGACCAUCGUGUUCACCGACAUCACGCGCGCGGCUUCGUUGUGGGAAUUCAAUCCGUCGGCCAUGCGCGACGCCACGCUGGUGCACAAUCAGACCCUGCGCGCGGUGCUAACGAGGCACCGCGGGUAUGAGGUGGUGCUCAUCAAGGAGAGGAACAGCGGCGAGGGGUCCUUCUGCAUGGCCUUCCAGAACCCCGCCGACGCGCUGGCCUGGUGCUGCGACGUGCAGCAGACCCUGCUCGGGCUCGACUGGCCCGAAGCCCUCUUGAAUCACCCUGGCGCAGCUGAAGAGUGGGGCGACACUGACGACCGGGUGGUGUACAAGGGGCUGCGGGUGCGAAUGGGAGUGCAUUUGGGUGUGCCCCGGGUCGUGAGAGAUCCGAUGACGCGGCGGGUGGAGUUCUUUGGUCCGGUCGUAAACGCCGCAGCACGCAUCACGGCCAUGACCCACGGCGGGCAGAUCGUCAUGAGUCAAGCCGUCUACGACAAGAUCCGCGACUCCUCCACCGACCACAAGCGGAUCGUCCGUCUGGGCGGCAAGUUCGAAAUGCCUGACGUCCCUCACGGCGAGCGACUGUACGAAACCAAGGCGCUGGGUCUCGAGGGUCGCUUCUUCGGCGGCGUGGCUCAAGACGACAGCGACCACGCCAGCAGCGACAGCCACAAGAGCGGUCGGUCCAACGACUCGCAAUCCGACCGCCAUGGCGGCAAGAAGACUGCCACCAGAGCAGCCUACGGAAGCGGAAGCGACAGCGGCAGCGACGGCGGAGGAGAGCUGCAAACGGCCGUCGGGGAGGGCAUGAAGUUCAAGGAGGACACGUUUCUCACGUCGGCCAACCUGUGCCGGUGGAUCAUCGACUUUGGAGAGAUCCAAGUGGGCCGGCAGGUCGGGCUGGGGUCCUAUGGCGUGGUGUACCGCGGCAAGUGGAAGGGCGUCGAGGUGGCCGUGAAGCGGUUCAUCAAGCAGAAGCUCGACGAGCGACGCAUGCUCGAGUUCCGCGCCGAAAUGGCCUUCCUGUCGGAGCUGCACCACCCCAACAUCGUCCUCUUCAUCGGAGCGUGCGUGAAGAAGCCCAACCUGUGCAUCGUGACCGAGUUCAUGAACCAGGGAAGUCUGCAGGACAUCCUGGCGAACAACGCGAUCAAGCUGACAUGGAAGCAGAAGCUGCGUUUGCUGCACGCGACCGCGCUGGGCAUCAACUACCUCCACUCGCUCCAACCGGUCAUCGUGCACCGCGACCUCAAGCCGUCGAACCUGCUCGUGGAUGAGACUUGGAACGUGAAGGUGGCCGACUUUGGGUUCGCGCGCAUCAAGGAGGAGAACGCCACGAUGACGCGCUGCGGCACGCCGUGCUGGACGGCGCCAGAGAUCAUCCGCGGGGAGAAGUACGACGAGAGGGCCGACGUGUUCAGCUACGGCGUGAUCAUGUGGCAGGUGACCACGAGGAAGGAGCCCUUCGCCGGCCGCAACUUCAUGGGCGUGUCGCUCGACGUGCUCGAAGGCAAGCGACCGCAGAUCCCCAACGACUGCCCACCCGACUUCAGGAAGAUGAUGAAGAGGUGUUGGCACGCGUCGGCAGACAAGCGGCCGCGGAUGGACGACGUCGUCACCUUCCUCGACCAGCAGGUCGGCGACCACAGCGGCUCCUCCGUGUCCCAACUCGGAGUAUGA